AUGCUCAACGCCACUCUAAUUCCAGCCACCAACCUCUACAUGAACUCCACCAACCCCGAGGGCCCCCGUGGUCCUCCGCCGUGGUACCAGUUCCCAGUGUGUGCCGUGGCCCCUUACGGCUUCAUUUUCUACUUCGGCGUCAAAGUGUUCAACCUGGCGGUGGGGACGCCGUGCAACGUCCUGGUCAUCUGGCAGAUCGCGACCAGGAAAAGCGACGCGUCCACAUCCGACAUCUUCAUCUUCAACCUGGCCAUCCUGGACGCCUACUUCUGCCUGAUGACGCCCAUAGAGAUGGUGAACCGGCUGCUGCUGGACGACAGCCGCAUCUGGUACUUCCAGAGAUUUGCGUAUGGGAUCAAGGAUGUAGCGCCGCUGUUUCUGGUGUGUAUCUGUCUGGACCGCUACAUCGCUGUGGUCCAUCCAGUGCUAUUCACUGGUAUCCGCGACAACAAGAUCCGCAUCGGCAUCUCUGUGGUGGUCUGGGGCCUGAUCCUGGCUUACGGCCUCACAAAGUGCACCCUGGGAGUGAUGAGCGUCAACGAGGUCUUCAGCGGAGUCAUCCUCUUUGCGUUUGCAGUCAUGGUCUUCUGCAACAUCUCCGUCAUCUGGGUCCUCCGCCGCUCCGUGGCGGGAAAAGAGGAGAUGCACCCGGUGAAGAAGAAGGCCUUCAAGAUGGUGCUGAUCAUCCUGGCCAUCAUCGUGGCCAACUACCUGCCGCCCGUGGCGCUCAUGCCCUUCGUGUCCUACUACUCGUUCCUGGUGUUCCGCUGUCAGAUCAGCAUCAGCGUGUUCUCCAUCAUGGACCUGAGCUGCAGCAUCGAGCCGCUCCUCUACAUCACGAAGAUGGAGCGAGUGGACGGCAGGUGCUGCUGCGUCAGUUUCUCUCAGAAGCCGAUUGAUGUGAAGGUCUAA